AUGAAGUUCUUCUCCCAGCUCCUGGUGCUGGGUUUCGCUGCGGAGGCAACCGUUGCUAGCAGCUGGUUCAGCAAAUCUGUGUACAAUAAGUGGCACGAAACCGAGCUUGAGAGAUGGCUUUCCGACCACAACGUCCCAUACCCAACUCCGUACGAUCGAGCCCAGCUGGAGGCUGCCGUCAAGGAAAAUUGGCAAACCAAGAUCUCUCAGCCAUAUAGUGACUGGGAUUCCGCUCAGCUCAGUGCAUAUUUGAAGCAGAAGGGUGUCGAGACCAAGGACGCUGCCGCAGAGAACACGGAGGGUCUGGUCGCUCAGGUCAAGAAUUAUUGGUACGAGACUGAAGACAAGGCCGAGGACGCUUGGUCGAGUGUUAAGGAUUGGGUCUUUGACAGCUGGACUGAGUCUCAACUCAAAUCCUUCGCAGAUAAGCAUGGUAUUCCAGUUCCCCAACCUCGUGCCAGAGAUACUCUUCUCCAGAAGGUACGCUCCGGCUACGAGACUGCUGCCCAAAAGGCCGGUGAGACUGUUGCAUAUCCCGGCAACUGGAUUUACCAGUCCUGGUCUGAGUCCGAUCUCAAGGAAUGGCUUGAUUUGCACGGCAUUCCCGCUCCUCAACCAACUACCCGUGACAAGUUGAUUGCCAGUGUUCGCCGAAACGCUCGUAUUGCAAGUUUGAGGGCCGCCGAUUUGCAGGCUUCUGCCUCCAAGUCUGCUGCUGCUGCCGCCGAGACCUUGAGCGACAAGCUCCUCGAUUCUUGGUCCGAUUCUCAAAUCAAGGAGUGGGCCGACAAGAACGGGAUCAAGGUCCCUCAGGGAAGCCGAAGGAACGAGCUGUUAGCAAUCGCCCGUAAGCACCGUGCUCAACUCACUGGCGACAACGUUUCCUAUUCUGCAAAGAGUGCCGCAAGCAAGGCCAGCUCUUCUGGAGCAUCUGCCUAUGGUGCUGCUACUUCCCGAGCCGGCAACGAGUACGCCAAGGCCACAGAUGAUGCUGCACUGAAGGCUGAAGAUCUUUUCAAGAAGGCAACUGCAACAUGGAGCGAGUCUCGUCUCAAGGCGUAUCUUGACGCCCGUGGCGUCCCAGUUCCCCAAAGUGGCAAGAAGGAUGAGCUUUUGGCUGCCGUUCGCCUCAACAGACACAAGGCUGCCACCGGCUGGUCUGCUUGGACUUUCGAUACCUGGACUACAGAAAAUCUCAAGAAGUAUCUCGCUUCCUCUGGAAAUAAGGCUGCUGAAAAGGCUAGCAAGCAAGCUGAUGCUACUCGCGAACAGCUGCUCUCGGCUGCUCAAGAUGCCUACGCUUCUGCUUCAAAGACCGGUGGUGUUGGCUAUGCCUCUGUCACUUCAUACCUCGCCAAGCAGACCGAGGCUGCAAAGGACUCUAUCUUCGAUACCUGGUCAGAGUCAGAGCUCAAGAACUAUUUGGAUUCCUACGGAUUUGAUGUUCCUCAGGGAUCAACCAAGAACCAAUUGAUCGCUUAUGCUCGUAACUCAAGAAAUUACUUCCAAUAUGGCACAACUACUCCUCAAGGGACGCUCUGGGCCAAACUCGCCAACAGUAUUCAGUACGUCAAGGACCAAUUGAGCUUUGGUGCUGCUGCAGGACGCAAGCAAGCUGAGUAUCAAGCCGGAAAGGGUGCUGAUGCUGUGAAGGAAGGCGUCACCUAUGCGACCCAUCGUGCGGGUGAGGCUGCCCAAAAAGCAAAGCACCAGAUCAAAGAGGAAUUGUGA